CCGUCUUGCCGGCGUCGCGGCGCUCUACGCAACGUCGGUGUGGCGACGGUGGGACCAGCAGUGCCUCUCACGAUUCCGUUCUCGUUCUGCCCUCCGUCUCGUGAACGCCGUUCGUACGUGUCCGGUCCGGGGUGUCACCUAGAGGGAGCAAUUCGGAGCCCGUGCCUGAGCCCGAGCGCUACUUACAAACACUGCCUUGAAGGCUGAGAAGAAAGAGGUAGUGUUGUGAUAGUGAGAGGUGGACGAGAACGAGGAUUCGUAUAGUGGUGUAUCCCCCGUGAUUGACGUCGAGAAAAACUACGUCCUCCUUCUCGGUAGAACAUCUGCGUUCUGGUCUACCGACGGCGUUGUCCAUCGUCAUCGUCGCAGAGAAACGGCCGGCCUCCGUGCGUCGCUCGCUAACGCAGCGGCUGUGUGUCAUUAUUACUGUCCCACUGCCUCACACACCGCGGCCUCAUGAUUGGUUCAUUUUGGAACCUCUGCCGUGCGUGCCCUUCAAUGCCGAUUGAUAAGCAGCUUCAUUCGGAAUACAGGAGCACGUACACAUGGCACGAGUACACAGGACCGCAUCAGGAGCAUACAGUUGUGCGACGCGCGCCGCAGCCGCCACCGUCGACGAAGCAACCAAGCGCGAAGCUACAAUCGGCCAAGUCAACAGAGGAUGAGAACAGCGAAGGGCCCACCUUGGAACCACCAUUGCCCAGGCGAAAGAAAUGUCCGGAGCUCGCUUACAGGACGCACGAAUUUAUCACGGCAGCGGAUGGCGGUGGUAUCGACGCCAUCGACUCGAAUGUCGUAGCUGAUAAAGUACGGGAAGUUACAGCAACGUCGGCACUGCCACCAAGUCAGCUUAGCAAGGCGAUAUCUCGUAUCAGUACCGAGUACCGGCUGCAGUUCGCCUGGCCUAGAAGACCGCAGUUGACAAAUGGCGAAACUCAGGCGCCGGUUCCAGCUGCGGGGGUUCCCGGAGGUACUACGGGCCCACCGAGGAAGUCGCUCAGCAUGGGUGCGCUUAAACAGGGCAUGGUGCCUUCUGGACCCGCGCCGGUACACAAGAAACGACCCGGCGACUUUGAUCACAAGCGCGAUGGGGUCCAAGCAUCGGAACUGGAGCCAUUGGUGGGUGGCAUUGGUACGGACAUGAUCGACGGUGUGGUACCAGAGGGCGAUGAACGCGAAGAGGAUCUGUCGGAUUUGAAAGUAGCUUUCAGGGGUAAAAAGUCAGGUAGAACCGUGCGGAUAUCGGACAAUAAAGUGCCGGAAAAAUCAAAGGCGAGACCAUUUCCCACGGCGGAAGUGAUCGAGCUCCGGCGACUCGCUGACGAGUACAAGCAUCGUGACUGGGGUUGCGGUCUGGCAGCCGAGGACGAAGCUUCGCUGUGGAAACGAGUCUCCAGUAACCACGCGCUCAACGCCCUAUCCCUUGCCAGGUCGGUCACCAAAGAGGAGAAAGAAAAGGAGAACACGAGGAAGGUCGCACCGAUUACUACUAUGCCACCGGCGGGUCGACCGUCCUCGGUACAAGCUAGACCAAUCCACGGCAUAAUACAAGACGAUACUAAGGCAGAUACUGAUCGAGCCAUCGCUCGCGCAAGAAAGGAUUUCUUGAUUCGCCACCAUCUCGAUCGUACAACUGGUGUGGGUGACGGUGCACUGCUUCCCUCUCCAACGAGAGAGAAACUGGAGCCCGUGAUACCACGGCGACGUGAUGAUGUUAAGGAGCAUCGGGACGAGAUUCAACCACGAACCAAGUCCAGUCCGAAAAAUAGUCCGAGAACCGGACGCUCGCAGAGCCUCGGACCGACCGUCACCGAUCGCAGAUCGCCUAAACGUCAGCCUCCUCGUGCACCGUCUGUUACCAAGGAUGCUAAGGAGAAAGAGAAAGAGAUGAAAGACAAGGAUAAGGAGCACAGGGAGAAGAGCGGCGAGCCCGAAAGACAUCCACGACCGACCUUCCUCGCGACCACCGCCCCUCCCCAUCGCCCUCUUCAUCACGCCAAACCCACAACCACUACCAACACCACCAACAUCACUGUCACUACUGCUAAUAAUAUUAGCGCAAGUACCGCCCCGGUAAAACGUUCCCCGGUAAAGUAUUCGGUUCAUAUGACCGUCCAUCACCCACCUACGUCGGGCGCUGCCGCUGCGGCCAGGCCGGAGCGCGGCGUUAAAGAUUUAAGCCAAAGGUGCCGUGGUGCGAAUGACGAGGCUCAGGCAAAACUGGCCCGCGGGCAUCCAGCAGCUGCGGCUGCAGCCGCCGGCGAUGAUCCAUCAUCCAAAUCAUCCCUCGAUACGCGAUCCGCGUCAAAUCGAGCCGCUACUACCGCCGCCCAAGCUAUGACGGCGGAACCCCAAGUAAACGGGGAUGUCACCGGCGGGGAUUCGAGCGUCGCUUCGACGCCACCGUCGCAAACGACAAAGGUAGUGGGGCCAGCGCCUGUCACCCAAGCAAGUCCCUGGCUAGACGACGAGCCGGUGGUGAAGAGCCCACCGGAGCCAACGAGAGUAAAGUCGCCAGAGCAGAUGAUCAUGCGCUCGCCGGAACCCGUAAAUUGGACCGUACCCCUCGACACCGGCAAGACUUUCACCGUGACGCAAAAUGUCCGGGAAGAACCUCUGACGCGUCCGCAUAGUGAGGCAAAGACGUGGGCACCGUCCUCAGUACCAUCGGCGCCGCAAUCAGCACCACCGGAGCUUGCGGCUCAACACAAAUCACAGCAUUCCCAGCACUCUGGCUACAAAUCACCCGAGAGCGAAAGCGUCUCGCUCGGUAGUUUUAGCGGCAUAAACGGCCACAAGGACUUGGACUCGGAAAGGGACAGUCCAUUGCCCACGAACGCGCAGGACACACCUAAGGAUGAGAAGGAGAUCACCAUUGUCGAGGAGACGAAAGAGCGACAGAGCCCGGAAUCGAUAAAAUCAAUGACAGGCACAAACCUGAGACGUCUGGAAGAUCCGACGUUUGAAAUAGAAAGUAAAAAAGAAGGUGGUAUACCGGUGGCGAUCACGACAGCGCCGGUGACGACGACAUCGUCGACGUCGCCCGCACCACAGAGUUACCGCGUUCUCGAAGCCGAGUCGUCAGCUCAAGGUACUGGCGGUAGUAGUAGCAGCACUGUGGGUACAGGAAGUAGCACCGGAGGUAGCACUGCGAGUGGUUACCACGUUCUGGAAGCACCAACAGUGGUACCGGGCUCAGCACAACGUUCAGCAGCAACCGAUGUCUUAGAGAAGGCGCGAAACCGCUUCGACAAGUUCUGGGGAAAGGGCAACAAUGGCGCGGAGAAUUAAAAGCAGUGAUCUUCGAAACGACAAGAGAAGAAAAAGACGCUUUGACGAAGAACUACGAACAGUAGGGUAGGGCAGGACAGCCCUUCUGGGAAGAAGGUUUCGUCCCACUCUGCUGUAUCCUAUCGUCGAUUGGUCUGUCCAUGUGCUUUCAUAGCUUUUAGCUGCUCAGAAAAAUAUAUGUUACACACGUGAGAGCGAAAGGGGGAAAAAGAAGUGAGAUGAUAUCCUCGUGAAGGAAUUUUCUCGACUAAACGCCGCUUUGAUAAUUCAAGAUCUUCGGGAAUAAAAUCCUUUUUUUUUACAUUAAAAUAUAUUCUGAAAAUAUUCAAGACUUUUAAGGAUUGGAAGAACCAUGUUAUCAUGUAUAUCGAUUUUAAAUCGGAAUUAUCUGAAAAAAAGAAACAAUCGUCAAUAGAACUUUAUAGAAAGAUAGAAAGAACAACGGAUAACUGAUGAGACUAAUCGAUAUUGUUCCUGAAGGUUAAAAUUGCGGUCUAUAAUCAAUUUAUUCGUUUAUUAAGGACUACUAUGUAACAAGCAUAUGGUCAAAACGAUCAAAAUAACGCUACACAUUUCAGAUUAAACAAGAUCAGAUUCUAAGGCUUUCAUGCAGACACAAACUCGAAAAGGCACAGAAACUCAAAUUAAAUUACUGAUCAUUAAUAAUGAUAAUUAAUACAAAAAAAGCUUCUUUCUCCUUCAAAAGACAGACUGUAGGACAGCGUCGUGAAUUUGCGGUCGUCGCAUCAUUAGUAAAAAAAAAAAGAGAAAUAAUUCUAGACAAGGAUAUGUCAGGGUGAAGGAUUGACGUGAGAAGCUUAUACGACGACGGUGCGUGCAGGUUGCGCGUCGGUCUUGUUUCACACUUCGAAUGAUUCGAAGAACGCGUAAUCAUCUAAUACUUACACGUGCUUGCAUAUACAAAUACAUAACAAUUACACAUGCAACACACACACACACACACAAACAUA